AUGGACGAGUACUCGGAAGCACUUUCACAUUACGAAACAGCACUUGAUAUCGACCAGAAAGCUCUUCCUCCGAAUCACCCCGUCUUGGCUUCUAACUACAACAACAUCGGUGCGGUGUAUCAAAAAAUGAGAGAAUACUCGAAAGCACUUUCAUCGUGCGAACGAGCACUUGAAAUUCAAAAUAUAGCUCUCCCUCCAAAUCAUCCCUCCUUGGCUGAUUCCUACAACAACAUCGGUAUGGUGUAUAAUAAAAUGGGCGAGUACUCAAAAGCACUUUCAUCGCACAAACGAUCACUUGAAAUAAAAAAAACAGCUCUUCCUCCGAAUCAUCCCCACUUGGCUUCUUCCUACGGCAACAUCGGUUUGGUGUAUGAAAACAUGCGCGACUACUCCGAAGCACUUUUAUCUCUUGAAAAAACAUGUGAGAUCUUCGAGAAAUCACUUCCACCAACAGAUCCGCGGGUCGCACAAUCAAAAAGAGACGUUGAACGUGUGAAAAAGAAAAUGUAA